AUGGAUACUGCGGAGCGCGGCAGCGAUGGUAACAACAUCCUCAGCCUCCCGGUACCGAUGCGGCGGGGGGGCUCUGAGUCCAACCUGGUGUCUGACGGGGGCGAGGGGGGCGUGGGCCUGGACUUCACUAAGGGCCGUCUGGCCAUCGACAGCCUGCAGCAGAAGAUACUCAAGGUGACAGAGCAGAUCAAGGUGGAACAGACAGCCAGGGACCAGAACGUGGCAGAGUACCUCAAACUGGUCAACAACGCUGACAAGCAGCAGGUGACACGCAUACGGCAGGUGUUUGAGAAGAAGAACCAGAAGUCUGCCCACAGCAUCGCCCAGCUGCAGAGGAAGCUGGAGCAGUACCACCGCCGUAUGAAGGAGGAGGCCAACGGGGCCAAGCACCCGCCCAGGGAUUCCCGGGGGGAGGGGGGCAAGGAGGGCCAAAAGGACGGCAGCCUGCGGGACGUCAGCUCGGCCAGCGCGCGCAACCCGGCAAUGGACAAGGUCAAGACCAUCGGCCCCGGGGUCUCCCUCUCGCCCCCCUUCUUCUUCAACAAGUCGCGGGAGUUCGCCAACCUCAUCCGCAACAAGUUCGGCAGCGCCGACAACAUCGCCCACAUGAAGAGCUCCAUGGAGACGGGGGCGGGGCUCCAGGCGGAAGGCGGAGCCGGGGCCCGGGCGCUGAGCGGCAGCGCCACCACGAUUGCCAAGGCCAAGUACCCCAGCGACGAUGAAUGUUCCACGGGGACCUCUGUGUCGGCAGACUCCAACGGGAACCCGGCGGGGGGGUCGGGGUUGGGGUCAGGGGGUGGGCCGGGGAGGUCGGACUCUCAGGGGAAGCUGGGGGAGGUGCUUGAGGAGGUCAGGGAGAUUAGGGAGGCCCAGGCACAGCUGGCCGAGGACAUGGAGUCACUGAAAAGCCAGUUCAAGAGUGACUACAGCUUCAUCACACAGACGCUGCAGGAAGAGAGAUACAGGUUUGAGCGGUUAGAGGACCAGUUAAAUGACCUGACAGAGUUGCACCAGCAUGAGACCAGUAACCUGAAGCAGGAGCUGGCCAGCAUCGAAGAGAAGGUGGCUUACCAGGCCUACGAGAGAGCUAGAGACAUCCAGGAGGCUCUGGAGUCAUGUCAGACGCGUGUCUCUAAGCUGGAGCUCCAGCAGCAGCAGCAGCAGACGGUACAGGUGGAGAACACAGACGUCAAGGUGCUGCUGGGGAAAUGCAUCAACAUCAUGCUGGCCAUCGUCACGGUGAUCCUGGUGUGCGUUUCCACGGCGGCCAAGUUCACCGCGCCUCUCCUGCGGAGCCGCGUGCACCUGGCACUCACCUGCGUGGGUUUGUCCCUACUGGCGGUCAUCUGGAAGAACUGGGAGCACCUGCAGUGUGCCCUGGAACGCAUGCUCCUCCCACACUAAGCUAGACUCCUCCCAUGUUAAGCUAGGCUCCACCCAGUCUGAGUUUGUCCCCCUCACACUGUGGGUUUGGCACCACCCACACCGAGCUUGGGACUUUGUGACGUUGUCAUAGCGAUAGAUUAAAUGGGGCGGUGUUUACAAUGUAGCCUUACACCCCACCACCCUCGUGUCUCUCCCCCUCUCUGUCUUUUGGAGUUUGGGCAGAACUCCUUGAGGGAAAUCGAUGCCAGUGUGCCACUACAGUACAAAUGACAGGAAAGCAAGACUGACCAAUCAGAUGGUGGCUACAGAGGAAGCAGGACCAGUCACAUACGGUAUUAUUGCGGACACUGAUCUUUGUGUGGUUGUCAAUCUCAAUAGGACAUUGAACUGCACUAUACAGGUGGUAAGCUUAUGUAUAACCUUUAUAGGGGAAACAAGGGGUCCCCCGAUUGGUUCCCUGUCUUUUGCGGAGUCGUACUUCCGUCACCUAAAUUACACUAACACACUGACAGUAUUAAAAACUAAUUCUCCCAGAAGACCUCUGGCUCUGAUCCAUAAACAGUCUCACUCCCACCCCCCAAGCCACGAUGAUACACAUUCAUCCACACACACACUGAGAGGAAUGUGACUUGUGUGUCUGUGUAUGUACAGGGGGUGGGAGUGUUCUCCAUGUGAGAGUGCUUUGUCUGUGUGUACCUGUACUGUACUGUCAAGUGAUGAAAUGUUUUAUAAUUGGAAAAAAAAUACAAAGGACAAUGUUUGUUUUUUAAAGUGUAAUAUUUGUCUGGGUGUCCGUGAAGGGUGGUUCAUUUUUUUUUUUUUACAAAGGAAUGGUUAUGAACUGCAGGACUGCCUCUUGUUUCUGUGUACUGGUAUGCGGGUUUGUGGAUAAAUGGUGUCUUAUGUACUUUAUAUAGUCUAUUAACAGAUGCAGUGGAACUGCCACGGGUCUAGGCUAUAAGGGGUGAAUUCACCCCAAGAGUUAUGUGUUCUCUCUCCCAUAGGAAAUACAUAGACUGACCCUUUAGCCGUUAACAUGCUAACUGUGUGAGUGAUAUCCUCUGCCAGUCUUUGAUGGAUCUGGGGGGAGGUAACCUCUGACCUGACACACAAACCUCAUUUGUGAUUCGUCCUUUAAUGUUGAUGAUAAUGUCAUUUUUUAGAAUUAGAAUUUUUUAGGAAUUAAGCUCUGUUCAGAGUGGGCUGAACAAAGGAAUUGACUUACACUAAAUGGUUCAGACAGAUUUGAACACAUUUUAUUUGUUUUCUUUGAAAUGUUUCAUAUUUUUCGCCUUUUUACAAUGAAGA